AGAAGAAGAUGUUUAAGAUGAUGAUUGUGAAAGGCUCUUUACAUAAUUACUUUGAUUAGCUAUUAAGUUAUCUGGUUUCUAGGUAGUUUUGUCGAGUAUCAGUUGCUAGGAGAGACUGGAAGAAGAGAAAGUUUAAUGAAGAUGAGAGAAAUGAAAAACUAAAUCAUAAUUAUGAUGCGUAGUUGUAAAGUUAAGCUGCAAAGUUAAGCGGGAUUCCCGAGCUGUUAAGGCCUGAUUCUGUUCAAUUUUUCUAGUCGACUGUUUUCUCCAUCAUCAUCAACAACAAUAACAUCAUCACCAUUGCCAUCAUCAACGCCAAAAACAACAUCAAACCCAUCGACUUGGUUCCUUACCAUUAUUUUUAUCAUCCAAACCAUUUUCACUGCAACUUUGUUUUUGUACCAUUUUUUGACACACAUUUGACAGUUUCAUUGUUUCCUCCAGGUCAUCCAAUCAUCAUCCAUCAUCUCUCUCAUUAGUGUCUAAUCAUUGUCACCACCAACCAUUAUCAACAUCAGUCUAACCUUGAUGAUCAAUGGAAACGGACUCCAUAUUGAUUCCACUUGUACCUUGGGCCUAUGACAAUAACAUUACUCCCUAUGAAAAUACUUGUUUUGAUGGUGAAGUUGAACAAUACAUUGAAAAUGAAAUACUCUCCCCUGACCGUAAGAUACCUUUAAGAGUGGCCAAGUGCAUCAUCAUUGGACCAGUUUCAGUGGGUAAAACUAGUUUAAUCAGGCGCCUUGGUGCCAAUGGAUAUGGAUUGAAGCAACGACCAACCAUUGGAAUUGACUAUUGGGUACAAAAAUUUGAAGUUCUUGGGACACCUUUUCGUCUUCAGAUUUGGGAUACAGCAGGAUUGGAAAGGUACAACAGUGUAACCAAAAGCUUUUAUCGAGAUGCUCAGAUCGUCAUCAUGCAGUUUGACCUGUCCCGUCCUCAUACUCUUAAUGAGUUGAAAGAGUUUGUUAGAGAUGUUUUAACGGUUAACCAAGAGGAAAGGUUGCUCAUCUUUCUGGUUGGAUCCAAGAAGGAUUUAAUCAGUGAAGCUCAAUGUCGUGUCUUGGAGAAGGAAGCUGCCCAAGUGGCUAAACAGUUUGAAGCUGAAUAUUGGUCCGUGUCCAGUCUGACUGGUAAAAAUGUUCAAAAUUUAUUCUCUCGGAUUGCUGCUUUAGCCUUUCUUAAGAUGAUCAAAACUGAGAUAGAGAUUAAAGAAUCGUUUAGGAAUGAAGAUUCCAGAUUAGCCAUCAUGUGUCCAGAACAAAUGACACCUGAGCCACCCUUGAAAUCUAAAAAAAAGUUUAACUGCUGCCAUUGUAAUAUAACUUAGAAUUACUUUUGUUUCUAAUUUAAUUUUCAAAAAAAUUAAUAAAAAAAAUCUUAUCCAACUAA